AUGCCGGAUGGAGAGGCAGAGCUGAGGUUGGACUGGGUGGACUCCUCCAUGUAUGACCAGGGCUAUGUGGAUGCCAUCAGGGACGAGGACCAAGCGGAGGCGACCGCCGAAGAAGCGGCCACAGAUGCUGAGGCCUCCAAGCUGGUGCCUCUGAACGCCUGCGUGGAUGCCUUCGCCGAGGCGGAGGAGAUGAAGGUGGAGAACGGCAACGGUGUGAAGUGCGACAAGUGUAAAGUGGCGGUGGACGCGCAGAAGAAGAUUGCCUCUUGGCAGAAGUCUUGUUGA